AUGUCACGAUAUAUCGGAAGCCUCAACAAUGUGGACAUUAAUUUCGCAGUCCAUGAAAUCCCCACAGUCGAGGAAUACUGGGACCGACGUGAGGCUACCGCUGGAGCCCAUUGUGUGAUCGCCACACUUCCAUUUAUAUACGGAGUGGAUGUUGAUAGAGCAGAUUUCCAAGAUCGGUCUAUGCGAGACUUGUGGAGACAUACCUCUCAUUUUGUUCACAUAACCAACGACAUGCUUUCGUUCCGGAAAGAGAUAAACGACGGUCAGAUUGAAAACCUGAUUACUGUGUUGAUGCUGAACGAUCAAAUUGACUGCAGUACGGCAAUGACUCGAUGCUAUCAGCUACUUCACAAUGAAGCAACAAGCUUUCGUGAUGCGGGAGCAUACCUCGUUCAAAAACACCAAGGAAGAUCCAGACUCAUCUCAGAUAUCUUUAUAAAAGGAUGUCUGAAUGUUGCAAUGGGCCUUGCUCACUGGAGUUAUCUUGGCGAUCGAUAUUUCAAAGCCUGGGAACGGGAUGAAAACAAUGUGAUAAGCUUCACUGUCACACCUCGCAAAUUUCAGGAACAAAGAGUUGCCUAG